AUUUCACCCUUAAAACAUGUGGAACAAAUUUGUGGUUUGUGGACGUGCAAUUAGAAUCACAAGCCUCCACUUUGAUAACAAGAUAACCUCGCUGCUUCCCCUCUCUCUCUCUACUAACUCAAUCAUGAAAACCCCUCGAAUCAUCAUCACCUCUUUCCUCUUCAUCUUCAUCCAAGCGAUAGUGGCUGAACCUGCCACCAGCAUAGUUUUUACUACAAACGGCCGAUCAAGAUAUGCCUUCGAUAUAUUCUCCCUUUCAAUCGACGCCACCCACAAUGAACUCCGACUCACCGACGGCCACUCCGUCAAUUUCAAUGGCUACUUCCAUAAAACCCUCAUCACCAAUCCAUUAGUGGCAGACCCACAACCGACUCAACUCGUCUACGUUACUGAACGCAACGGUUCAUCCUCCAUCUACCUCGACGUACUUUCUCACGAUGGGUUGGACAGCUCCAGAAAACGGUCCGUCCUUGAAUCGGAGUUAACUCGUUCUCAACACCAUCUCGUCGGCGGUAGCGACACCGGAAGGAUUUCGAUGAAAGACAGGCCCAGUUUGGUAGGUGAUUUAUUGGUAUACGUGUCGACUCAUGAGGACACAGGUGUGGGGAGGACGAGUUGGGCUGCGGUUUACUCAACUCAGUUAUCAACCAGGUUAACUCGGCGAUUGACGCCUGAAGGAGUAGCCGAUUUCAGCCCGGCCGUCUCCCCGUCAGGUUUAUGGACGGCGGUGGCUUCUUCCGGAAAAAAUGGUUGGGGCGGCGAGGUGGAGGAACUCAAUACGGAUAUAUAUGUUUUCUUGACUCAAAACGGGUCCAGCCGAGUCAAGGUGGUGAACCACGGUGGGUGGCCGAGUUGGGCAAAUGACUCGACGUUUUUCUUCCACCGGAGGGGUGACGAUGGGUGGUGGAGCAUUUACGUCGCAAUCCUCCCUAAAAACAAGCCAUUUACGGUCGACUCGGUGGUGACUGAGCGAAUCACUCCACCCGGUCUUCACACGUUCACCCCAGCUGCAUCAGUAGUCAGAAAGGGAAUUAUUGCAGUGGCAACAAGGAGACCUGAUUCAGAUUAUCGUCACAUAGAGCUAUACGACAUCGUAUCCGGGUCAUUUAAGGAUUUGACCCGACUUGUUGCUCCACGAGCCAAUCAUUAUAACCCAUUUCUAUCACCUGAUUCUUCCCGGGUCGGGUAUCACAGAUGUAGAGGGUACGGAAGCAUUGGAAAGAUGAUAAAGAAUGACCUAUUUCUUGAGAAUAUCCAAACCCAUAGACCCGGAAUUUCUCUAUUCCGGAUCGACGGGUCGUUUCCUUCAUUUUCACCGGAUGGUGAGCGCAUCGCUUAUGUGGGUUUGCCCGGUUUAUAUGUGGCUAAUAGUGAUGGAUCGGGCCAUCGAGAAAUAAUUCCUGAUAUUAGUGCAUUUUCAACUGUGUGGGACCCCAAACGCAAAGGUGUGAUCUAUACAAGUAUAGGUCCCACCUUUGCGAGUGUGGAUACCGGAGUCGAUAUAAUCUCAGUAGAGCUUGAUGCCGACGAACUGAGUUUUAAAAAACUUAGCAUCGGCGGACAAAACAACGCCUUUCCAUCUGUUUCCCCAGAUGGAAAUUGGAUUGCGUUUAGGUCGGGUCGAACGGGUCAUAAAAACUUGUACAUCAUGGACGCCCAUGACGGCGAGAAGGGUGGUCUAACUCAGUUGACUAACGGGCCAUGGUCCGACACAAUGUGUAACUGGUCCCCAGAUGGGGACUGGAUCGCAUUCGCGUCAGACCGUCACAACCCAGGUUCAGGCAGUUUUGCGUUAUAUAUGAUUCACCCAAAUGGAACCGGGCUUCGACAACUGAUUCAUAGUGGAGCAGCUGGACGUACAAACCACCCGUGGUUCAGCCCAGAUGGGAAGUACAUUGUUUUCACCUCUGACUAUGCUGCUGUGUCGGCUGAACCAAUAUCUAAUCCGCAUCAUUAUCAACCAUAUGGAGACAUAUUUACCAUGAAAUUAGACGGUUCAGAGUUAACCAGAUUAACACAUAACUCUUAUGAAGAUGGCACCCCAAGCUGGGGUCCCAAAUUUAUGACAGCCGAGGACGUCGAGUGGCCAAUUGGUGAGCAAAAAUGCUCAUUUGAGGACUGCCAAUGGUUGGCCAUAAGCAACAAGCAUGAUGAUGUCAAGGUCCAAUGUAGUGGCUAAAGAAUACUUAAAUUCCUAGCUUAUUAUAUAUAUGAGCCUAGAAAAAAAGUUCUCAUGGAUGUUGAUUAUAUAGUAAAAGUUUGUAUUAUUGUAUUUAUCUAUAUUAUACUGUAAACUAUUUGGAAAUUAUUCUCUUAAA